AUGGGAAAAGGCACCGAAGGCGGCGCGCCCGCGCGCGCGCAAGAUGACCUCUACGCGCACGUCAACCGAGAGUGGCUCGACGCGAACCCCGUUCCCGCGGCGUACGGUCGGUGGGGCACGUUCGAGAUGCUCAACGACGCCGCUCUGGAGAACACGAAGAUCUGCCUCGAGGAGGCGGGCGACGGCGACAAGGGCGGCGCGUUCCUCGCGAGCGGCAUGCGCGCGGCGGAGCAAGACUCCAGAGCCGCGCUCGCGCCGACGCUGAAGCUCGCGCGCGAGUUCGCCGCCGCGGCCGCGGCGAAGGACGCGAACGCGCUCGCCGUCGCGAUCGCGGAGAUGCACGUCUUCGGCGUCUCGUCGCUCUUCGGCGUCGGUGACACGCCGGACAAGAAGAACAGCGAGUGGUCCAUCGUGGGCGUCGCGCAGGGCGGCGUCGCGCUGCCGGACCGCGACUACUACCUCAGCGCGGACCCCGAUCGCGUCGCGCUGCGCGCCAAGUACGUCGCGCACGUCGCGAAGAUGCUGACGCUCGUCGGCGGCGAAUACGAAGACGCCGCCGUCGCCGAGGUGCGUUCUAUACACUGGUAACUGGUCCCCAUACGACCGCGUCGGCGUGGUGAACGCCGAUCCUUAAGGACUUUGUCCCGCGCAUCUCUCCGCCCACCCAUCGCUUUCAACGCCCGCCCUCGACGCCUUUCAACUCCAUCUGACGCCUUUCAACUCCACCCCGACGUCGCUUUGUAUGGAACGGCCCUGAGACCGCCGCGGAAGCGGUGCUGAAGUUUGAAACUACGCUCGCGACCGCGCACCUCACGCCCGCGGAGCGCCGCGACGCGGAGAAGACGUACAACAAGUUCGCGUCCGUCGCGGAGCUCCCGGCGGGAACGGGGGACGUCAAGUUCGAUUGGAAGGCGU